AUGAGCCGCUAUAUGAUUAUGUCGAACAUGUACCAGAAAGCAGGCUUGAGUGAGAAGAUGGCUGGGGUCAGAACAAUGGUUGAGAGGAUGCCAAAAGGUAGAAGCUGGAUUGAAUUUCGAGGGAAAACAUUUGAGUUUGGAGUUGGGGCCAAUGAUUCUACGUGCUCAAUAUGGGCAGAGAUCGGGGCAAAGUUAAAGGAGCUAGAUGAUCAAUUUGAGAAAGAAGGGAGUGAGUGUGCUAAUGGGAACCACCAUAGUAAGAGAGUUGCUGUUGCUUUCAGUUUGAUUAAGAUUGGCGGGUCAAUGCCGAUUAGAUUAUUCAAGAACAUGAGGAUAUGCAGGAGUUGUCACGAGUGGAUGGAGAUUGUUUCAAAGCAUUGUGGGAAAGAGAUUGUAGUUAGGGAUUGUAAUCGGUUUCAUCAGUUUGUUGAAGGGCUAUGUUCAUGGAAGGAUUAUUCGUGA